GGGGUUCCUGUUCUGGAUGAAGCCAGAGUAGAAAUCCUAGGGAUGAGAAGUGGGCCAGGCUCACUCAAAAGAUAUCCAUAAAGGGACUGGUGGGGGCUCAUCUAUUUGGCAAAUAUAUGAGAAGCCAUUCCAGGUGCGGGCACGGAGUAGCUCGUGUCCACAGGACAGCCAGUGUGACAUCCUCCUAGCCCCCUGUAGGUAUGGCUGCAUCGUCCCAAUUUCUGAAGGGGAUGGUGGACCCCUGGACCAGGUGAAAGGAUAAGUGGGCUUAGGACAGAGCCGUGAGCUGGGUAUAGAGACUAUGGACUGGAAGUGCCAGCAGAACCCUGUACCCCACAUGUCAUGGCGUUUCUGCAAGGGGGUGAGGGCUGAGAGUAUUUCCUAGAGGAGAGGGAAGGAGUCAGAGAGCUGUGGAGGGGCUGAGGUGUGGUGGGCAGGCACCAGGGAGGUCGGGACUGGGUCAGCCCAGCUCCCCCUCACCGUUGACCAACAGCUCUCAGUUCCAAAAGCUUUCCGCUCGACCCUCCUGGUUGACCCGGCACAUCUCUGCCAGCACUACCAGGCUACAGGUCCAAGAGGAGUAGGACUGACUUCUGGAUGGGCUGGAGUAGGCGGCACGGAGACCCAGACCCCCACACGGUGCUAUGGGAAGGCAGUGUGGAAGGAGAGGCCAGGCCUCAGACUCUAUUGCUCACCUGUCUCCCCACAGGGCCAUCUAUUUCAUCCUUGGCAUCUGGUUUGACCAACACCAUGAUAACUUUCUCCAGCCCCCAGAAUUCCCCUGCCUGAGGCUUUUGCUGGCUUACAUCCAGGUCAACUUCCCAGGGUCCAGCCUGGAGCACCAGGCCCAGCUCCUCCUCUCAGAACUAAAGGACCUUCAGCCCCAUGAAGCAGAGACGGAGGGUCUAGAGCAAGACCAGGAAACCACACAAGAGGCGACACCGACAGCAUCUCUAGUCCCCUCUACAGAGCCCGUGCCAUCUGGAGGCUCAGCCUCCCCUGAAGAAGGCGACGUCCAACAAACAGCUCACUUCGGCUCCUCGGAGGCCUUGAGGGCCUGGUUUUGA